AUGGUUUACAUGUCUGUUCUCUACUGCAUGGUUUACAUGUCUGUUCUCUACUUCAUGGUUUACAUGUCUGUUCUCUACUGCAUGGUUUGCAUGUCUGUUCUCUACUUCAUGGUUUACAUGUCUGUUCUCUACUGCAUGGUUUGCAUGUCUGUUCUCUACUGCAUGGUUUACAUGUCUGUUCUCUACUGCAUGGUUUGCAUGUCUGUUCUCUACUGCAUGGUUUACAUGUCUGUUCUCUACUGCAUGGUUUACAUGUCUGUUCUCUACUGCAUGGUUUACAUGUCUGUUCUCUACUGCAUGGUUUACAUGUCUGUUCUCUACUGCAUGGUUUACAUGUCUGUUCUCUACUGCAUGGUUUACAUGUCUGUUCUCUACUUCAUGGUUUACAUGUCUGUUCUCUACUGCAUGGUUUACAUGUCUGUUCUCUACUUCAUGGUUUACAUGUCUGUUCUCUACUGCAUGGUUUACAUGUCUGUUCUCUACUGCAUGGUUUACAUGUCUCUUUGGGUUUACUGGACUAACUCAGAUUGCUAG